UGCACCAUCUGACUUCUUAGUUGUGUACGAAUCAGCUUUCGACCAAGAGCGAUAAUCCAGAUGUAUAUCUUGUGUGAUAUAAAAUAAGUAAUGCCAACCGUAUUUGACCAACUAAUGUGUUAAUAGAAACGAAAGAACGAAUUUAUUAAAUAAAAGCUUUUUGUCUAACUCGCGUGCUAUUUAGGCAGCUGUCGAAAUUCGGCAAUACGAAAAGUUCUAUUCAAUCGAUUUGUUGUCACAGCUGUCGAUCAUCCUUACAAUGGGGCCGUUGACUGUACGAGUGGUAUAAAAGCGUUAGCCAUCAUCCGGAGAUCAUCAACCAAGCCCAUCCAUUCAAGGCAAUCCAAGCUAUGAGGACGACAACACUACUUUUGAGCCUUGGCCUUUUGGUCCUGUGCUUCUCGAGGUACAGUUUCGCCGAGGACGAUCCCACCGAUGGAAGCACCACGCCCACUGAUGGAAGCACCACGCCCACUGAUGGAAGCACCACGCCCACUGACGGAAGCACCACGCCCACUGACGGAAGCACCACGCCCACUGACGGAAGCACCACGCCCACUGACGGAAGCACCACGCCCACCGAUGGAAGCACCACGCCCACCGAUGGAAGCACCACUCCCACUGGCGGCAGCACCUCUCCUUCAGCGAGCGAUAGCACGAGUCCUUCAGCAGGAUCCCCCGACAGCCCCAACAGCAGCCCCUCCGACAGCGACACCAGCAACAACAGCAGCAACGCCAACCGCAACAACCGCCGGAGGCGCCGCCAGCGGGCUCAGCGACAACGUCGUCAGCGCCGUGCUGCUCAGCGCAGGAAGAACCGCCGCAACAACAGGAACAACAGGAACAACAGGGUUGGCUAAGCUGAAUGGCUAGGCCAACGGCUUCGAUUUUUGUGCCUACAAAUAAAUGAGUAUUUUGAAAAAACGAUC